UAUUUUUUCAUGGAACGCGCGUUCCAUCCUUUAAUAGUGGGGGAAAGGGGGAAAUGAAAUUCUGAAAAAAUUAAAAACCCCGCCAUGCUCUCCCUACCUUCUUUCAAUUGUUCUUCUCUCUCUCUCUCUCUAUCUCUCUCAAUCAAAUACCAAAAAUCGACUAUUGUUGGAACUAGGGUUCCGGUUCUUAGUGAAAUUGAAGGUUUUUUGGUCACUAGGCCAUGAAAUUGAUCAAAGGGGUACAGUUUUUGGAACCAUGACUAUUUUUGGAACCAGGGUUUCAGUUCAAAAACCCUUCAUCUACUUCCCUCGAUCUUCAGUUCCUCAAGUACUUUCUCAGCCUCUCAAUCAAUAGAAGAGUUGUAUCACAACUACAAAUUUAGAGUGAUUUCCAUAUCAAGUAGAACAGUAGCUCCAUUAAAGUCAAGGUCUCGAAACUCCAUGGUCAAUCACCAUCAACAUUCUACUUCUUUAUGUGUUCCAGAGAAAUGGCUAUAAAGGUCGGUUGGGUUGGACGAUUCUCUGGAGGACGAGAGAGAUUUGGACAUGGCAGAUCGUAGGGCUACAGAGAUUGAGCUUGAUACCAAGGAGGGUUUUGCGUCAAGGGAAAAGCUCCACCAUCAUCUCAACGACCAAGCUGAUUUGAUACAAGAAAUUGAUAGCAAACUACCUGUUGUACAGCUUGCUCUUGAGCUCACUCACAAGAUCUUUGGUUCUUGUCCACCUAUGCAAAGUUUUGAUCCAGCCAAGAUGCUCACGGACUACGGGAAGCUUCAAACACUUGAUAUAACGGUUGCAUGCAGGAAAUCAUCAUGUAAAGUUACAUCUACAUCAGUACCUCCAAGCUCUUGGACUCCUAGAAGUCAAACAGAAAUCUUACAAUUGGGAAAUUUAAAGCCUUUUAGCUUCAAUGUACUUAAAUUGGCUACAAGAAAUUUCCGACUCGUUAAUGUUCUUGGAGAAGGUGGAUCUGGGUCGGUUUUCAAAGGAUGGAUCGAUGAACAAUCUGUUAAGAGAUUAAAUCAAGCGAUCUUUAAGGUCUUCAAGAAUGGCUCGCAUGUUCUUAUAGAGAGUAAAGUUACAUCUACAUCAGUACCUCUAAGCUCUUGGACUCCUAGAAGUCAAACAGAAAUCUUACAAUUGGGAAAUUUAAAGCCUUUUAGCUUCAAUGUACUUAAAUUGGCUACAAGAAAUUUUCGACUCGUUAAUGUUCUUGGAGAAGGUGGAUCUGGGUCGGUUUUCAAAGGAUGGAUCGAUGAACAAUCUGUUAAGAGAUUAAAUCAAGCGAUCUUUAAGCUGACAGAAGCAUUUGGGAAGUUCUAUGGAAACUCAAAACAAGGAACCAGCAAUGAUAAAUCUCAUGGUGGUGUUCAUGAGAACUGCAUCAAGUCUUCAACCUUCACAAACAAUGAUUGGACACUUACUAGAAAUGGAGAGUCAAUUGGUAGGGAAAUUGUUAAUUUUUCAAAGUAAAACAAAGGGUUGAUUGAACGAGAGAAAAGAAAACACCAACACUCCAUGGCUAAUAAGAAUAAAAAAGAUAAAGAUAUGAGGAAAAAAGUCUUUGUUUGGCAGCUUGGACAAACUUUGUAGCACCUGAUCGUCCAUGCCACUCUUGUUACAGGACAUGAGUAUCGGCACAUCAUGGAACAUUUCGGUUAGUUUUUGUUUUUCCUCUUGGUGAUCCAUCAAUGAAGUGGCCAACAUCAUGUAAUAACAUUUUAGGGGAAGAUGUAUGUAUAUGUUUUUUUAAUGAAUAAUGUAAUCAUAUGUAUGAAUAUAAAAUACAGUUUGUUAUUUGUAUGACAAAAAAUUUUAUGCAAUGGAUAGU